ACCGUUAUUUGCAGGACAUUGUGCCAACGACUUUGUAACGUUGUUUGUAGAGAGAUAUUUAGCGCAAUAACAAUUGCCGAUUCCAUUAAUUGGUGUGGAUUUGUGUUUUUCCAAGAUUACCAACAGAUGUCUGUGACGGAAAUAAACGCCAUCCUAAAACAAGAGAGUUUAACCUAGCCGCCCUAAUUGCUGAAAAAAUACCCAAGAUUUGUCGAAAAGAAUGGACCCCAAAUUACAAAAGCUGAGUUGGUAGAGGAUUAGCAAUCUAACACCGCGCACCUGGUCUGCUAGUGGCAGGAGUGAACGGGUGUCGGAUAGAACAAGAGUCGAAUAUUAAGAAAAAGGGAAUGCUUGAAGCUGCAGAUUCAGUUACACAUUCUGAGGAAAAUGAUUGUGUGAAGUGUUCAAAUAUAUAGUGAAAAAAAUAGAUGGAGAUUGAUCAUUGAGUGAGGAGAGAAAAACGUGUCUUUUCUUUUCCUUGAUUUUUAGCCUAUAUUAGCUUGUCAGAAUGGGAAACGAAGAACAACUCAGAAGGCAAAGGUUGUGAUUUGAAUAAUGGAGGAUCUGAAUUUCCUUGACCCUUACUUGGGUCUUCAGCUGCUGGACCUGAAUGGGUCCUUUUUGAACUUCAGUUUAUCGAGUUUUAACCUCUCCAUUAAGGAUGUUAUAAACGAUGAUUCGAUGUACGAGCGGAAUCUCCUUAUGUACUAUUUAAUGGGGAUUUGUGGAAUGGCCGUAUGCUCCUUCGGUAUUAUCGGGAACAUUCUAUCUGUUGUCGUGCUGUCCAGGGAAUGUAUGAAGAGUUCUACAUAUUCCUAUUUAACAGCUUUAUCAAUUAGUGAUUUACUAUUCCUUAUUCUGACUAUGUUCAUUUUAUCACGUGACUCUGAGAAGCCACAUCAGGAAAUCACCUGGGGUAAACCAUUCUACAUCAAGCUUUUUCCAUACAUUCACCCUGCCGCCAUUACAUUUCAAGUGACGUCUAUUUGGCUCACGUGUGCUUUCACUGUUGAUAGAUACGUAAUGAUUUGCCAUCCCUUUAAAGCUGAGCGGUGGUGCAAAAUUUCCACUGCCAGAAAGACUAUUGUAGGUGUAUUCUUGGCAGGAUUACUUUUCAACAUUAUUCGGUUCUUCGAAUACGAAACUUCUGAAAUAAUUGUCGAAACAAAUAGUACGGAGCCUCGACAGCUCGUUAUUAAACUAACGGACUUGGGAAAUAGCGAGGAGUUUCGAGAAAUUGUGCACUCGUGGUUGUAUCUUACAUGUGUGGCUGGUAUUCCGUUCUUGUCUCUUUUAGUAUUAAAUAUUUUUCUCAUCCAUGCUGUUCACGAGUCCAGGAAAAAAGGGAAGCUGAUUAACGCAAAAGAGAAGCGGCGUAACGACACGACAAUCAUGUUAAUUGGUGUAGUGGUCAUUUUUCUCAUUUGUCAGGGACCUGCACUUAUUUCCCGUAUGAUAUGGGCUUUUGACUACCAGAAGGCGUUCGUGUCGGCGCCAUGGUAUACGUUCAAUGAAGUCUCAAACUUCCUUGUCAUUCUAAAUUCAGCUAUAAACAUUGUCCCAUAUUAUUUCUUCGGUAAGCGUUUCCGGAACGAAUUCUGGAAGAUUUUCUGUAAGUGUUUUUUCACGAAGGAAGAGAUGACAAGAUUAUCCAGAAAAUUAAGUGCUUCAAUGAACGAACGCCAGCACAGUUUAGUUAACCAGAAUGGAAUUAUCGAAGAUAAUCAAUUACAAGUGUUUAUGAAUUCUAAAACUUUUAAGAAAUUUGCCCAAAAAUACAAGUCGGUUCCAUCGGAUGAUGAACCGUAUGAUACUCGGGACAAUGCAGCAGGACAACAGACAAAUAACCAUUGUGAACAAAAUGGACACCCGGCUUUAAGGGUGAGCUUUGAACCCAAUGGGAACUGUAAAGCACGGGUAGAAACCUGCGACACGUGCCAAGCAAACGCCUUAUUAUAAACAUUGUUCAAUUCGUUUUAUUUAGAUAGUUUAUAUUUCAUUAUUCUUUGAAAGAUUAUAAGAAUAUAUUUAUUUUACCGUUUUGAGAUUCACAUCAAUAUAAUAUGUUAUAUUGUUCUCUUUGGAGAUUCAUAUUAUGAAUGUUAUUUGUUCUCUUGCUCAUUAUAUGAUUUUCUAGAAAAUUGAUAAUUAAAUUAUA